UCGGGCGGGUUCGGCGGCGGACGGCCCUCGCAGGGCGGCGGCGGUGGGUGGGGCGGCGGUGCGCCUCAGGGCGGCGGGUACUCGUCGGGCGGCAACGGCGGUGGUGACCAGGGCUGGGGCGGUGCCCGAGGAGGAGGCUACGGCGGCGGUGGUGGCGGCGGCAGCUCAGGUCCGUUCCUCGCCGAGCUCCCGACCAUCGAUUUUGAGAACGUCAAGCUGCCGCCGUUUGAGAAGGACUUCUUCGUGCCGCACAAGGCGACCGUCGAGCGCCCGCAGCACGAGGUCGACGCGUGGCGCGAGGAGAAGAAGGUGUCGGUCAGCGGCGACGCGCCUCGUCCCGCCCAGAACUGGGUCGAGGCCCAGCUUCUCGACGGCGUCGCCCAGUACGUCCAGGAGAAGCGCUUCCCCGAGCCGACGCCCAUCCAGAGCCAGUCGCUCCCGAUGGCCUGCUCGGGCCGCGACCUCAUCGCCAUCUCGGAAACGGGCUCGGGCAAGACGCUCGCCUACGCCGUGCCCAUGGUCGCCCACAUCCUCGCUCAGCCUCAAGCCACCGCCGAGUCUGGUCCUAUCGCCCUCGUCAUGGCCCCGACCCGCGAGCUCGUCACGCAGAUCCUUCGCGAGUGCACUGCCAUUGGGAGCAAGGACGGCAUUAAGUACGGCGCCUGCUACGGCGGCACGCCCAAGUUCUCGCAGCUCGACACGAUACACCGCGGCAUCGACGCUCUCAUCGCCACGCCGGGCCGCCUCAUGGAGUUCCUCUCGACUGACGACGUCAAGCUCGAGCGCGUCACGUACCUCGUCCUCGACGAGGCCGACCGCAUGGUCUACGAGGGGUUCGAGGAGGAGCUGCGCGAGAUCUUUGCGACCGUGCGUCCCGACCGCCAAGUCCUCAUGUUCAGCGCCACGUGGCCUGUCGAGGUGCGCGAGCUCGCCAAGACGUUCGUCAGGGACGCCGCCCGGGUCACGAUCGGCAACGACGAGGUGACGGCCAACCGCGCCAUCAAGCAGGAGGUCUUCAUCUGCGAGCGCGGCAUGCGCGACAAGAAGGACAAGUGCCUUCUCCGCGCCGAGGCCGACAAGCGCGGCAAGGUCCUCGUCUUCUGCUCGACCAAGCGCUCGACCCAGGACCUGUGCGACUGGCUGCGCGCGCCCGAGAACGGCGCGUUCGAGGCGGUCUCGAUCCACGGCGACAAGCGCCAAGAAGAGCGUGACUGGGCGCUCAACGAGUUCCGCAAGGGCACCAUGCCGAUCCUGUGCGCGACCGACGUCGCCCAACGCGGUCUCGACAUCCCGGCCGUCACGCUCGUCCUCAACUUUGACGCGCCGUCGAGCGCUUCCGACUACGUCCACCGCAUCGGCCGUACGGCUCGCGCCGGCGCGACCGGUCGGGCCAUCACGUUCCUCUCGGGCUCUCGCGACAUGAGUACGUCCUCUCCCUCUCUCAGUUGCAGGGUCUCGAGCAGGCUCUGA